AUGGACGGCCCAACGAGAGCUCCACUGGAUCAGAUCGAGAGCAAUGCGCACCAUGUGUUGGAGUACAGGCUAGACAUCGAUUCGGAGUACCAGGGGUGGAUUCUAAUCUUCACCACCUUGACCUGCGCAUGGCUCUUCUGUCUGCCAUGCUACUGCGCGGGCAUGUCAUCGCCGGGUGCCCGGAGGAUGGCGGCCUGGAUUUCGCAGCGGCUGCCGUACUUUUACACCUUCAUGACCUUGUUCAACGCCUUGCUGAUGUACCUUGUCAUCCAGUGGCUUCCAAAUUGGACAUUUACGCAGUAUCUGGGUGUACUAGCAAAGUCUGCCGGCUGGACUUUUGGUCACGUGUUGAAAUGGGCGACAUCGCUCGCAAUGAUCAUUGCCUUCGGCGUUGUGGUUGCAUUCAAGGAGCGGAUCGCUCUCAUGCUGGGCCUUGACCACAAGCAACUCUUCAAUUGCAAGGCAAAGGAUUGCCUGAAUUGCUGGAGCACGGCCCGCUUCAGGCCCAUUGAGUUGCUGAUCUGGAAAGUGGAAGACCUGGCAUCUUCUGACCUGUUCCAUGCCAACCAUGUCUUCGUCGAGGCAUACAUGGGCUACAAUGAGACUAUGCGUACCCGCGUGCACAACAAUGCAGGCAGCGAUUGCAUCCUCAAGGAGUCUAUGCAGCUCAACUUUGAUGAGGAUGACGAGGACGAGAAGCUCUUCCUCUUCGUCCAGAAUCAGAAGGUCAUGGGUGCCCAAGAGUUGGCACGAGUGGAGGUCUCCUCAGCGUCUGUCAAGGACCUUCUGAAGGACAGUGAAAAGUUGAGGGGUCCCCAACAAGUCAUGCAGUGGGACGCCAACUACUUCCCCAAGAGCUUCCCGCUUAUCCCGCGAGGGCAGAUUUGGAUCUCCGCUGUGCCAGUCGAAGAUGAGUACCAGGGCUAUGCUGAGCUGACUGGCUGCUAA